GCUGGAGGAGAGGUCGGGAAGUUGCUCAGGGAUUUCUGACAGUCAUGGAAAAUGUCGAGGUUCAGCAACACAGAGGAAAAUAACCACAGCUCGUCUUAGUUUAUGAGUUUAGUUCACGUCAAAGUGUUCGGGCCUGACACGAGGGCAAAGGUAGAAUUCAAUGAGUUCUGCGGCGGAGCGGCGUAACGCUGGAGCUGGACACAGGAAUGGAGGCGGUGCGGUUAAAGGAUUUGUCCACAAAUACAGUUCUAGGCAUCCAUCCCUAAAUGAUUCACGUGAGGGAGAAAUUCAGGCUUUCCUCACUGAUGAAGAUCAACUCCACACUUAUGACGACCUCACUAAAGUCAAUCCUGUGACCCCUACAACAGUGCUGAAAUGUCUUCAGGCCAGGUACAGAGUGAAAGUGUUCUACACAAAUGCUGGCUGUACAUUGGUGGCUCUGAAUCCCUUCCAGCCAAUCCCAGACCUCUACUCUCUGGAUGUGAUGAAGGAGUAUCACUCUGCUUCUCAGCCUCAGGAGUUCAAACCCCACAUCUUUAUUGUGGCAGAAGAAGCCUACCGGAAUGUUCAGGGUCAGCUGGAGCCAGUAAACCAAUCCUUGGUGGUCAGCGGUGAGAGCGGUGCUGGAAAGACGUGGACAUCUCGCUGCCUAAUGAAAUACUACGCCACUGUGGCGGCCUCCUCUUCGGUGGUGAAGAGUCAGAACACAGUGGAGAGGAUAGAGAGGAGGGUGCUGGACUCCAACCCCAUUAUGGAAGCAUUUGGCAAUGCCUGCACGUUACGGAACAACAACAGCAGCCGCUUUGGAAAAUACAUCCAGCUCCAGCUAGACAGGUGUCAGCUGUUAGUGGGGGCGUCUGUGCAAACAUACUUGCUGGAGAAGACCAGGGUGGCCUGUCAACCGGCCAAUGAGAGGAACUUCCACAUCUUUUACCAGAUGAUGAAAGGGGCCACAGAUGAGCAGAGAAAGGAGUGGAAGAUGGCACAUGGCCAAAGAUAUGUGUGGCUGCCGAAUGCUGAAAAAACUGUUGAGGAGGAUUGUUUCCAUGAGACUAUUGAGGCAAUGGUUCACCUUGGCAUUAAUAAAGAAAGACGGAGACAAAUAUUCGGGAUUUUAGCAGGGCUUCUGCAGCUGGGGAAUGUGAAUUUCUCUUCUUCAACCGAUGAAUUACAGCCUUGUGACAUAGAAGAACAGUCUCAAGACUUCCUGCAGAGGGCUGCUGAGCUGCUGUGUGUCCCUGCUGAGGAGCUUCAGACAUGUUUAAGAGUGAGGACUCUGAAGGCGGGGAAGCACAGUGUGCUCAAGCCUUGUUCCCAGGCAGAAUGUAGCAUGAGGAGAGACUGCCUGCCCAAGGUCAUCUACGCCCAUUUAUUCGAGUGGCUGGUUACAUUCAUCAACAACAGCAUAUGUGCGGACAAAUCCACAUGGUGCAACUUCAUAGGGGUUCUGGAUGUGUACGGGUUUGAGUGUUUCCAGGUCAAUAACCUGGAGCAGCUGUGCAUCAACUACGCCAAUGAGAAACUGCAGCAGCACUUUGUGGCCCAUUAUCUCAGAGCUCAACAGGAGGAAUAUGUGUCAGAGGGGCUGCAGUGGUCCUUUGUCAAAUACCAAGACAACCAGAGCUGCCUGGAUCUUAUAGAGGGGAGUCCAGUCAGUGUUUUCACUCUUCUGAACGAGGCAAGUCGUCUUAAUCGUACCUCAGACGCCAAGACGUUCAGGGUUCGAUUGGAGAAGGAGCUCUCUGACAACGUCAACAUCAGCUGGGACAAGUUCAGCGAGGAGCCGCACUUCACUGUGGCCCAUUACGCUGGCAAAGUCGACUACCAGAUCCAGGGCAUGGUGGAUAAAAACAAGGACCCAGUUCCACCAGAGCUCAUCGGCCUGCUUCAGAAGUCUGGUAACUCCCUGCUCCACCAAAUGUUCACUGAUAACGAAACUGAGAACCUGACGAACAAGGGGCUCAGUAAAGUAACCGUGGUUUCCAAGUUUAAGAACUCUCUGGAGGCUUUAAUGAAGAUCCUCCACAGCACAACUCCUCACUACACCCGCUGCAUCAAACCGAACCCGGACUGCAAGCCGCUGACUUUCCAGAAGGAGGAGGUUGUCAUGCAGCUGGAGGCCUGUGGGAUUGUGGAGACCAUACACAUCAGUGCUGCCGGCUUUCCAAUAAGAAUUCCUUUCAGCAGCUUCAUCCAGCGUUACGGGCUCAUUGCAAAGUAUUCAAGGUUCCCCUCAGAGAGUUGUUGUAUUGAUUCGGACGCUGACAACAGUGACAUGCUUCAUCAAGAGGUGGAGAAGCUCCUCAGGGUGGUGUCACAGCACCAGGCCUCAGACCCAUCACUCUGCUUUGACAGCGAAAAACCCUAUUCAUGGGUGCACUGUGGAAGGACUAAAGUUUUUCUCACCCAGUACAUGCUAGAUUGGCUAGAGGGUCAGAGGAAGAAGAUCCUGUCUCAGUGCGCCUUCUCCAUUCAGUGCUGCUGGCUCCGGUACCAGCGACGCAGACGCCACGCCUGUCGAACAUCUGCUACUCUGAUCCAAGCAGCGGUGCGGUCCUGGCUGGUCAGGAGGCGGGUCCAGAGGUGGAACAGAGCAGCUGCAGUCAUCCAGAACAUAUGGAGGAAGUGGAGGGAUAUGUUAACAGCCUUGGCUGAGGCAGAGCUUGAUGACGCUGAGGACCUUGUGGAAGAGGAUGUGCCAACAUUGAACCCUGUUAUCAGCCAACGGGGCUCGGUGCACCUUUCUACCAUCCAAGAGCCUGUCAUAGUGCGAGGGUGGCCCAUGGGCCUGGCUCUGGCCUCAGCCCCAUCCAUCACUUUAUCUAUGACUGCCACGGGCUUCAAGAAGAUGAUAUCCUUGAUGGCCUCUCUCAACCUGCCCUCCAAAAGAGGGGACUACAAAGUGGAGACCAACCAGUACACGCAGGGGCUUGCCUCCAUACGGGCUCAGCCCAAGGGAUCUGUGAAGCUGCACUUUCGACGAUCUCCACUUCUCUACGCCGACAGGCAACCAGACCUGAAGUGUGACGUGACAGGGUUUAACGAGAUCCUGCUGGAGAAAACGUUAUAAGAGGUUCCUCUUUGCAGAACACUAAAGCCUGAUUUCAUGCAUUACCUGGCACAGUGAAAUCAAACCUGGUAUUUUAUGCUGCCUUUUGCAUGUUUUUGUAACUGAAAAGAGUAGGAUUUUUUUAAGGCUGCCAAAGUUGAUCUUCCUUAGUGGUAUACAAGGGUGGAGAGAUCUGCACCUUUUGAUUAAUGAAUAUUGACACUUUUAGACCCUUGAAUGUUGAACAUCUCAGUCAGUCGAUGAACACGGCCCUCUGCUACAAUUGAGACGAGGCAGGUAAAAAAUUGUUAACCUCUGAUGGCAUGUGUUCCACAUAUUGAAAACAAACAUUUUUUAUAUUCGGCAUGUCUCAAGAUCACAAUCACAGCACAUUUAAGAACGGGACUGCAGGUUUUUUGUCUAAUUAUUGCAUCUUUAGAACAUCUGAUUUGUGAUCAAAGUAUUGAACCUUGGACAAGUGCCUUUUUUCUAAAUCUACACUCAAAUGAUUAAAGUGCUGUUAGUAUAUCUAUUUAUUUAAAGGUGAUUAUUUAUGGGAUUUUAUAGAUUUUGUAUUGGUGUAAGAGCAGUGGUGACGCAGCUGCACUACUGAUGAUGGCAGAUGUUGACUUCCAGCACUCGUUUUGACAGUAGCUCGUGCUGACGUCAAUGGUAGAUACCAAGGUAUUGCACAUGUAUUGCACAUAUUGUACAUUUAAACCACACACAUGCUCAUAUACUGACAAAGAAAAACAUUAACAAGCAAAACAUCACUAAUGAGACUGAGAAACGAUUAACCCAGGUGUAUUCAUAUUGCUGCUGUUUGGUAAAGAAUCUUUAUAAUAUGCAAAUCAAAUGUUGGACCAAGCUUUAUUGGUUUAUCAGCUGCAUCCCAAAGCAAUGAAUGUACUGUAUGAUUUAUCAGUCUUUGUACACUAAAGUUUGUGUGGGAACAAACUUAGUCGUUUUAUAUUAUUCAGUUUAAACAUUCUUUUUGUGAUGCAACUAGACAUGAUGCUAGAAUCUUAACGAUGAUGUUUAUCCUCGAACUUUUUAUCCAAGACGUCACCCACAUGUUCAGAUAUUUCAAUUCAAACAAGCUUUCUGAAUAAUGUGCUGUUGGGAUUCAUGUAAAUGUACAUGUGGGUCAUUAUGUUCAAACUGUUUGUCAGGGAUCCAUGUACAAAACUUCAAUUGUUGAUAUCUAAAUUAAUGUUUUGAUGAAAUAAAUAUGUUAUAAAAUA